CCCCUCAGACGCAUCUGGACAACAGCAGCAUCGGGUCAUGGAGAGGUGUCCCUAGCUUUACCAACCCAUGUGCACGAAGGUAUCAGCUGUACUUUCGUUGGAGAACACUCGCUUGUCCUGUUUUUGUCAGCGGGAUUACCGUCCUUCUAAAAACGCACCGACUCAGACCAUCAUCCCAGCUAGAACCCGCAGGGGGCCGUGAGAGCACCGGGCCAGCUUGGGCUUCGUACGCACCACAGCGAAGAUGAAUAUCCAGGUUCUGCCAGAACACAAGCUCUCGUCCGUGGCCCCGCUAAAACAGUGCAAUGUGGAGAAAAAAGAGGUAGAACUGAUACUGGUGAAGGACCAGAACGGCGUCCAGUACACCAGUUCCUCCAUCAUUCCCACCCCUAGCCACCACGCGGCUCCUCCCGGAUCCACAGAGGACGAGCGAGAAACUUGGGGCAAGAAAAUAGACUUUCUCCUGUCGGUCAUUGGCUUCGCGGUGGACCUGGCCAAUGUUUGGAGAUUUCCUUACCUGUGCUACAAAAAUGGAGGAGGUGCCUUUUUGAUCCCCUACAUUCUUUUCUUGGUCAUUGCGGGGAUGCCAUUGUUCUACAUGGAGCUUGCACUGGGCCAGUACAACAGGGAAGGGGCAGCUACAGUUUGGAAAAUAUGCCCAGUCUUUAAAGGUGUGGGCUACACUGUGAUCCUCAUAGCCCUGUAUGUUGGCUUCUACUACAAUGUCAUCAUCGCCUGGUCCCUCCACUACCUAUUCUCCUCCAUGACCAGGGAGUUGCCUUGGCUCAAAUGUGGCAACAGCUGGAACAGCCAGAACUGCACUGACCCCAAAGCCAUCAACGCAUCCAUCCUCGGCAAUGGAACAUCUUACGCCAAGUACAAGAUCACCCCGGCAGCAGAGUACUAUGAACGGGGUGUGUUGCAUCUCCAUGAGAGUCAGGGUAUCCAGGACCUGGGCCUGCCUCGCUGGGAGCUGACCUUGUGUCUGGUCGUGGUGGUCUUCAUCCUCUACUUCAGCCUGUGGAAAGGUGUCAAGUCCUCAGGAAAGGUGGUAUACAUCACAGCUACUAUGCCCUAUGUGGUCCUUUGUGUGUUGCUGAUCCGAGGCGUCACUCUACCAGGGUCCAUGGACGGCAUUAGGGCGUACCUCCACAUUGACUUCAAGAGGCUCAACAAUCUAGAGGUGUGGAUUGAUGCAGCCACCCAGAUAUUCUACUCACUAGGAGCAGGAUUUGGUGUGCUGAUUGCAUUUGCCAGUUACAACAAAUUUGACAACAACUGCUACAGGGAUGCUCUGUUGACCAGCACUGUGAACUGCGUUACUAGUUUCUUCUCAGGGUUUGCCAUCUUCUCUGUGCUUGGAUAUAUGGCUUACAAACAUGGGGUGAAAAUAGAAGACGUGGCAACAGAAGGGGCAGGAUUGGUGUUUAUCAUCUACCCUGAGGCUAUAUCUACACUCCCAGGCUCAACAUUUUGGGCUAUUGUGUUCUUCAUCAUGUUGCUGACUCUGGGUAUUGACAGCUCGAUGGGUGGCAUGGAGGCAGUCAUUACAGGUCUGACGGAUGACUUUAAGAUCCUCAAGAGAAACAGGAAGCUCUUCACCUUCGCCACAGCCUUCGGAACCUUCCUGGUUGCCCUGCUCUGCAUUACCAAUGGUGGGAUCUAUGUGCUGACCAUGUUGGAUAAGUAUGCAGCAGGGACCUCUAUACUAUUUGGUGUGUUGAUCGAGGCCAUUGGAGUGUCAUGGUUUUACGGUGUGGACCGCUUCAGCGAAGACGUUGAGAGAAUGAUGGGCUUUAAGCCAGGCCUCUACUGGAGGCUGUGCUGGAAAUUUGUCAGCCCAACUUUCCUUCUGUUUGUGGUAAUAGCCAGUACUGUAACAUCAUCAGGCCUGAAGUAUGAUGAAUACGUCUUCCCUAACUGGUCCAAUGUAGUUGGCUGGGGUGUGGCCAUGUCCUCCAUGAUGUUUGUCCCCUUCUAUGCUAUUUAUAAAUUCUUCAGCUUACCAGGAACAUUCAAAGAGAGGAUAGCCUAUUGCAUCACUCCAGAACAUGAACAUCAUUUGGUGGCUGAAGGAAAUGUUCGGCAGUUCACACUCAAGCAUUGGUUGGCGAUCUGAUUAAAAAAAUAAAAAAAACAGAAUUCCCUCAUUCAUCCUCACGUCCGGUGUUUGGAGUUCCUGUGUGCCACCAGUGGUCGGACAGAGACGGAGUGCCACAGGCUCCAACUUCUCUCAGCAGCCUCUCUUCUCCUCAUGCAUUUACUACCCAAGGCCUUUGUUAUCAACAGUAGCUUCAAGCACUUUGAUUUCAAAGUUAUUCCAAUUAACAUUUUUAAACCAUUCUACAGCUUCACUCAGCUCAUAAGAUAGGAGCUGAAGAUUUACUGUUAUUUGCCCAUGGACAUCAUUUUGGUCUAUAUACACUAUUUUAAUUAAUCAUAACUCAAGUUAUGAUUUUGUAUAGUUUGUGAUGUGACUGUUAUCUCCUGAAAGGGAAAGACACUAAAAUUUAAACCAAAACAAUCACAUUUCCCUGUGUAUUACUAUACAGGGGACCCAAAUAUUUAAAGUUUUUAAACUUAUUUUUAGGCCUGUGAUUAUUUAUGAUUACGUUAUUAUUGGAAGGAAGUUUCUAUUCUUGCCACUCUGUUGGCAGAGAGGCUUAUCUGUGUCAGUGCCUUAUCAAGGGAGACACUACAUAUUUCUUACAGUCCGUACAGGAAGAAAUAAAAUAAACUGUGUUGACUCAGGAACCCACUAAAUCAAACCACAGUUUGUGAAUGGGAAUCUCUUGGUUUUGACCCAGCCCUUUGAUAUUCAAGUCAAAGAGCUAGAGGUCAUCAGUGCAUCAAGGUCAAGCUCCUUGGCAAAGAGAAAACAGGCCUAACAUAAUGCUUUUGUGUCACAUUGUGUUACAGAAAAGGGAAUAAUGCAUGCAUCGCUCCAAAGCUUUAAAAUAACUGAGGCAGGCACCAUUCGCCUCUUGUGUUUUGAAAGGCCAGACUCACAAGCAGGCCUUAAAUCUCAAAGAAAGAUUAAGGCUGAAUGUGGUCAGUGCCUGGCUGCUCACUGAAGGUGAAGCUAAACAAAUGGUGUAACUGUUACAGACAGUUUUGUAUUAUUGUUGUGUGACUUUUACUUUCUGAAUUUUUGUCUGUUCAGUGCUUCUGAGGAGUAUCUGUGGCUUUUCCUCCAAAGAGACAGCGAGAAAGCAAGAGAGAGAGAGAGAGAAAGAGAGAGAGAGAGAGAGAGAAAGAGAGAGAGGGUGUGUAUUGGGAUUUUGUUGCCAACCAUAUAGUAUGCUGUUAGUGUGCAGUACAUGGAGGAGGCCUCUUUCACUGUACUGCAUAUUAUCUAGUAUGUUAAAUCCAUGAAAACAACUCUGAUAUUUUCAUUUGAAACAUAUCUUGUGAUGUUCCUCUUUUUUUCAUCACCAUAGAAGUGCCGACAUGGUCCUUUAGGAAUGUUUUUGAUUAUCUUCCUCUGUUUCUCUAUUUUUUUAUUUAUUGGAAUGAAGCUGAAGUUGAAUUUUAACCUUGAAUCAUAACAGAACACCCUUACUGAAAGGAAUAAAGCCACAAAGAAAAAAACAAAUAUAUGUGGAAUAUAUAAGAAGAUAUAAAAAUAUAUAAAUAUAUUCUUUUGUUAUAUCUAAUCUUGUAUUUAUCAAAUUGUUUAUAACAAAACGUGAAUGUAAAGUAUUUUAAACGUACCUGUCCACUGUCAUACCAUGGUGUUUGAUGUAUAGCUAAGAUUAACUAUUUAGAAAAAAUAUUCUUCAGUGUAAUUCUGGGCUACCUUGUCACAUAUGAAUGUGAACAACUACACCCUGGCUUUCCUGGACUAUGUUUACAAAAAUACUGUGUACAAUACCAAUGUCCUAUUGAACGUGAGUGACAACUAUCUAUGAAGAAGUCUGAAGUAUUCACACUAUGAUAAUAAAGAAUUUCUUCUACACA